AUGGCCACCGUUCAUGAGACCUUGAGGUUGGUGCAUGACGAGAAGGCGCUCCAGCGCUUCGGGAUAACGGUGUGCCUGACGAGCUCCAUCGUCGAUGAGGACCUCGCAGGGGGCUGGUUGGUGGAACAGCAAGAGGCGGUCAACUCUUUCUGGCGUCUUUUGAUCGAGUUGGCCAGUGCCCGUUCCUGGUCCCAGAUGCAAUUUGUCUCGCUUCAGCCACAAGCGCUGGCUGCUGUGCUGUGCACAGACGACGCUACUGCCCAGCGUGAGCUCGACAAGCUUCGAGUAGUGUGGGGUGCCGUGGCACAGGCUGAGAGAGCGGUGGUCGGCACUGGGUUGCAACCCGGUCAGAAAUCGGCGCUGGCACAGGUCUUGAACGACAUGGGGUGGCACAGGCUCCAAUUGGCAAGAGAGGUCAAGAUGGAGUGCGAAGCCGCAGGCUGGCGGGCCUCGGACGAGCAGGUGCAGCUCGCUGCGAGGCAAGUGUGUGGUGGCCCAGCUCAGACGAAGUUUGAGCUGGAGGAUCUCUUCGCUCAUCUCAUCUCGGUUGCACGAGCAACGAAUCUCCCACGUUCCAUGAACAAGUGGACAAGGUAUUUUUACUGCUCCACAUUGGACCGUGGAACAGAAUGGCCGCACCUGCGGACAACCCUGGACGACCACUUCGAGUUCAACCGUCGAAUGUGCCAGCGUGCCCUUGUCCACACCAACCUGCCGACAGCCAAGAAAGCAGGCACAGCGUCGAACCAAGCUGCCUCGGCGGCAACUGCGUGCAUCUCGAUGUCGGCAGCCGGCGGCUUCCAGUCUGUGGGCUUGGCGUGGACAGGCACCUUCCUCACGAAAGGUGGCCUCUUCGUCGACCGCCGUGAUGACAGCGUUCACUUGUCGCUUGGCUUCCGCAAGUACGCGGCGCUGGGGGUGAGGAUGCGCGAGCACACCCUCAACGAUGAAUCCCAGACGUACUACACCCUCGACACCAGCAGCGACGACGAAGCGGUCACUUGGAUGGUGAACGACCGACUCGUGCAGUCGAACUGGCGCCGCCUGUCGGUGAAAUUGCGUCAUCCGCUACAGGUGCCGCCGGCUAUGAGGGGCUUCUCCGUCGUCUUGGAGAAAUCAGGCCCAGCUAAGGACCCGAUCCCAGGGGCUCUGCACGCCGGCAUGUUCUUGACCGUGAAACAGCUCCGUGCGUUACACGCCGAAUUUAACUUCACUCUUGCUGGUAAGGGAGAAGGAUCCGGAAAGCGAGGCAACUUGGUGAAAAGGGAUUACGGGUCGGCGCUGUUGUCGUUCUUCUUUGGGGAGUCUCUGGACUCAGCAGAGAGGGAUCGCAUGCUGAAGUGCAUCAUGGGCCAGGCCUAUGACAGAAACGGAAAGGGUUCUGCGCAUGCGGCAGAGAUCCUGCGAGCCUUCAAGAGCCUACCGGCUGAGGAUCAGCCACACUACCAGGAGCUGGCAGCUGUUGCGUUGGACGAAGAGAAGCUGAAGCAGGUUCGCUCCGAGCGAACGGAUGCCAAGACCUUCCACUCCAGCCCUGUGCAUGAAACACCACGAAUCCUUGCGCAGCUUCUGCCCUAUGGGCCUGGAUUUGUCUGCCGCUUCAACAGGAACCCGGCGGAGUGCAGGUAUCAGUGCUAUGUGAUUGACACGUCUACGGGCGGUGCCUUGGCAAAUGCAUGCGAUGUCCCCAGCCAGGGCGCCCAGACAUCUCAUGCGGCCAAGUGGCAUGGCGUGCGCCGGCAGCGCACAGAGGUGGAGGCCUUGCAGGAGUGCGUCCAGUGGUGCUGGGAGUACGUUCGGAGCAAGCACAAGAUCGGUGCAGACCAAAUCCAGUCCACGACUAAGCCGACAAGAAGUGAUAUCGAAAAGAUCGUGGCUGAGUUUGACAAGGUUAGUGGCCGAAGCGGCAAACCCCGGCCCUGGUACCCCUACACCUGGACGUGCCUCGAGUUCCGCGGGGCCUACUAUCAUGAGACACGAUUCGACCUCUUCCCUGCCGGAGCCUCGUCCUCCGGCACGGGGACGUGGGCGGGGCAGCAAGGCGAAGCCGACAGAAGAUGA